CUCUCCCGUCUCCCUCCCUCCCUCCCUCCCUCCCCACAACACACUCGGCCGCCGGCCCGGCCUGGCCUCUUUGCUUGCUUCUUUCUCUUCCUCCCUUUGGACCCUUUCCAGUUGUCCACGCUCCCAUCUUUUUCACCACCCCUCCGCCUCAUCCAUCCUUCUCUCUCUCUCUCUCCUCUCCCAACCCCCUCCUUGCUGCCCUCCGGCCGGGCGCCCCCCGCCCCCGCCUCUCGGCCCUUCCCUACUUGUACCAGCCCCUCUUUUCCAAUUUCAUCCUCUCCCUCCAAUUCCACUCCACUACCCCUCUCUCGUCGCCCACACCAGUACUCUCGCUCGGUGUGUGGGAGAGAGGAGGAGGAGAGCGAGGGAGCUAGGCUAGCAUGGCGGGCUAGAGCGCGCGCUGCGGGCAUGCCUACAAUUCAGUACUAGUAGCAAGCACUCCUAGGCGUAGGAGUAGGAGUACUCCCUCCCCAAUUGCUACUUCUACUGAGUUGCCAUCCCCUACUACUGCGCACUUGUACAAGUACUACGCAGCUACCCAGGGCGGGCGGCGGCCAUACUAAUCUCGGCCGCGCCAAGCUUCCUCCCGAGGACCGCCGCGGCGGGGGUGCGCCCGCCAUGCAGCAGCAGCACCAGGGUGGCGGCGGCGGCGGCGGCGGCUCACAGUUCGGGGGCCCGCCGCCGGACAUGGGCCCCUUCUCACCGACGGCGGGCGCCACCGGUGGCCCCAUGCCGCUGAGCAGCAGGCCUCCGUCGUCGGCGCAGCCACAGCCACAGCCACAGCCGCAGCCGCAGCAACCGAGGUCCAGCUACGACGAAUUGGCCGUGGUGUCCGGGACCGCCGGUGCCGGCGGCUUCGACGACGAGAUGAUGGGCAGCGGCGGCGGCGGCGGCGGCGGUGGCGGCGGGUCGUCGGGCGCGUCCAGCAACCGGUGGCCGCGGGAGGAGACGCAGGCGCUCAUCAGGAUCCGGUCGGAGAUGGACGCCACGUUCCGCGACGCGACGCUCAAAGGCCCCCUGUGGGAGGACGUCUCCAGGAAGCUUGCCGACCUGGGCUACAAGAGAAGCGCCAAGAAGUGCAAGGAGAAGUUUGAGAACGUGCACAAGUACUACAAGCGCACCAAGGAAGGCCGCGCCGGCAGGCAGGACGGCAAGAGCUACCGCUUCUUCGACGAGCUGGAGGCGCUGCACGCGGCCGCGCCGCAGCCACAGCCACAGCCACAGCCGCCGCAGAUGCAGCAGCAGCAGUUGCCGCCAGCAACCACCGCGCCGGCGCCGUUGCACGCCUUCGCCGCGCCGCCGCCGAUGAGUUCAAUGCCGCCGCCGACGGGGCCGAUGCAGCCAGCGCCCAUAUCGUCGGCGGCGCCGGCGGUGGUGCAGGUCCACCAGGCACCGGUGGAGCUGCCGCCCGCGGCCCACCAGCCCCUCAACCUGCAGGGCUUCAGCUUCUCUUCCAUGUCGGACUCGGAGUCCGACGACGAGUCCGAGGACGACGACAUGACGGCGGAGACAGGCGGAAGCCAGGACCGCCUCGGCAAGCGGAAGCGCGGCGACGGCGGCGGCGCCAGCGGCAGCAGCAAGAAGAUGAUGACUUUCUUCGAGGGGCUCAUGCAGCAGGUCGUCGACAGGCAGGAGGAAAUGCAGCGGCGGUUCCUGGAGACCAUGGAGAAGCGGGAGGCGGAGCGCACGGCUCGAGAGGAGGCGUGGCGCAGGCAGGAGGUGGCUCGCCUCAACCGCGAGCAGGAGCAGCUUGCGCAGGAGCGCGCCGCCGCGGCGUCCAGGGACGCCGCCAUCAUCGCCUUCCUCCAGCGCAUCGGCGGGCAGUCCGUGCAGCCCGCUACCGCCGUUGUCGUCCCAAUGCCAGCUCCGGUGCCAGUCCAUACCCCGCCGCCGCCGAAACAACAAUCUCGUCAGCAGCAACCGCCGCCGCCUCCGUCUCCACAGGCGACACCGCAGUCGAAGCCAAUCUCAGCCGCGCCGCUCCAGCAGCAACCGCCACAGAAGCAGCCCAAGGAUACGUCGUCGCAGCAGGACGCCGGCACGCCGCGCAGCGCGCCCCCGACCUCUGGCGCGUCACUCGAGCUGGUGCCCGUCGCGGAGCAUCACGUCGAUUCCGGGCUCGGAGGAGGGGAUGGAGGGGCGGCGUCGUCAUCGCGGUGGCCCAAGACGGAGGUGCACGCGCUCAUCCAGCUGCGCAUGGACCUGGACAUGCGCUACCAGGAGACAGGUCCCAAGGGCCCGCUCUGGGAGGACAUUUCGUCCGGGAUGCGGCGGCUGGGAUACAACCGGAGCUCGAAGCGGUGCAAGGAGAAGUGGGAGAACAUCAACAAGUACUACAAGAAGGUGAAGGAGAGCAACAAGAAGCGGCCCGAGGACUCCAAGACCUGCCCAUACUUCCACCAGCUCGAGGCCAUCUACAGCAGGAAGCACCUCCGCGCCGCUGCCGCAUCGUCCAACGCCGCCGCCGCCGCCGUCGCUCCUCCUCCUGCCUACCCAGAUCAGCUGAACCCGAGCCGGCACGAGAUAGAGGGGAAGAACAUAAACGACGACAAGAGGAACAACGGUGGAUCAGGGGGAGGCACGCAGGUGCCGAGCAGCAAUGGCGAGACGACAGCGCCGACGACGACGCCCGCCGCGUUCGACGCCGACACCGGCAUGAAAAAGAAGACAUCGUCAGGGAGUUGAACGAGCAACCACCUCGGGAGUUCACGACGGAGGACGAGACGGACAGCGACGACAUGGGCGACGAGUACACCGACGACGGCGAGGAAGGCGAGGACGACGGCAAAAUGCAGUACAGGAUACAGUUCCAGAGGCCGAACCCGGGCGGCACCAACACCGCACCAGCACCGGCUGCAGCGACGACGGCUGCGCCGGCGGUGCCGACCUCGGCUCCGACCAGCACCUUCCUCGCCAUGGUUCAAUAGGCGCUCGCGCGGGCGGCGGCACGGCACCACCUCUCAAACCGUAUGUAUAUGCGUUCAAACCAAAAACCUGCGAGCAUCACCAUCACCGUACCGUCACCGUCACCUCCCUCCUUUACCAGUCCACCACCAAGCACCAUCACAGUCCAUCACCAACACCACACUGUUCUUGUUCAUCCUGUAAUUCCCCCGUGCCAUUCCAUUAUUUAUUGAUUUGUUUCGUGUAUAAUAAGAAGAGCCCCAUCCUGCUGGCGGCCCCUUAACCGGAGGAUGCAGAGUGGGGCUGCGGUGGUAGAGCAAAAAGGAAGAUGAGUCAGUCCCCUCAGUAACUUAUUUAUAGGUCAUCGUCGAUCGCGUUAAACAAGAAUUGUACAUCGAUGUAACAGUCAGUCCCUGAUGUUUUCCUCUUUUUUUUACCCCCCACCCGGCGACGGCAGUAUACAAGUUUGUAUAAGGGUAUACAAGAAUUACAUACAGUUCAAGCAACUUGGAGUUUGCAGAGGUGAGAAGGUGUUUUGGCCGUUGGGGAUUUACAUUUUUUUUUGUCCUUUUUUUUACAGUGGAUAUAAAUCUUGUUACUUGUUACAUGUACAUUGUGUUGUUAUUCCAGUAUACUCUACCUUUUGUGGCAAAUAUGCGCAAAUUUAUCAUUGCCACCAGAAUAUUAAAAAAAAAGUGAACCAACGCUGUAAGUUUA